AUGUCGCAGGCACGCUGCCACCUGCGCGCCGCUCUCUUCCUGGCAGCAGUUUCUCCGCGCGGUGCAACGACCGGGGUCACGGCGCGGCGAGGGUUGAGCGCGUGGCCCGCGCCGCAGGAGCCCGGCAUGGAGUAUCAGGAUGCUGUGCGCACACUGAACACCCUGCAGACCAAUGCUGGUUACCUGGAGCAGGUAAAGCGCCAGCGGGGCGACCCUCAGACACAGCUGGAAGCGAUGAAGCUGUACCUGGCCCGGAGUGGGCUGCAGGUGGAAGACUUGGACCAGCUGAACAUCAUUCACGUCACUGGGACCAAGGGGAAGGGUUCCACGUGUGCCUUCACCGAACGUGUUCUCCGCAGCUAUGGCCUGAAGACAGGAUUCUUUAGCUCUCCCCACCUGGUGCAGGUGCGGGAGCGGAUCCGCAUCAACGGGCAGCCCAUAAGCCCCGAGCUCUUCACCAAGCACUUCUGGCACCUGUACCACCGGCUGGAGGAGACCAAGGACGGCAGCAGCUGUGUCUCCAUGCCUGCCUACUUCCGCUUCCUCACACUCAUGGCUUUCCACAUCUUCCUCCAAGAGAAGGUGGACCUGGCAGUGGUGGAAGUGGGCAUUGGUGGUGCUUACGACUGCACCAACAUCAUCAGGAAGCCUGUGGUAUGUGGCAUCUCCUCUCUUGGCAUCGACCACACCAGCCUUCUGGGGGACACAGUGGAGGAGAUCGCAUGGCAGAAAGGGGGCAUCUUCAAGCAUGGCGUCCCUGCCUUCACGGUGCUCCAGCCUGAUGGUCCCCUGGCAGUGCUGCAGGACCGUGCCCAGCAGAUCUCCUGUCCUCUCUACCUGUGCCCACCACUGGAAGCCCUGGAGGAAGGGGGGCCACCGCUGACCCUGGGCCUGGACGGAGAGCACCAGCGGUUCAACGCCGCCUUGGCCUUGCAGCUGGCUCGCUGCUGGCUGCAGCAAAAGGGCCACCAGGGCCUCGGGGAGCUGAAGGUGUCUCGGCCCAGCGUCCUGCGGCAGAUGCCCCUGGCACCCGUGUUCCAGCCCACGCCCCACAUGCGGCAUGGGCUUCGGGACACGGAGUGGCUGGGCCGGACGCAGGUGCUGCGGCGCGGGCCCCUCACCUGGUACCUGGACGGCGCGCACACCACCAGCAGCGUGCAGGCCUGCGUGCGCUGGUUCCGCCAGGCGCUGCUCCGGGGCCAGAGGCCCGGCCGCGGCCCUGAGGUACGCAUCUUGCUCUUCAACUCCACCGGGGACCGGGAUUCCGCGGCCCUGCUGAAGCUGCUGCAGCCCUGUCAGUUUGACUAUGCUGUUUUCUGCCCUAACCUGACAGAGGUGUCGUCUGCUGGCAAUGCAGACCAGCAGAACUUCAUGGUGACCCUGGACCAGGUGCUGCUCCGUUGCCUUGCACAUCAACAGUACUGGAGCCACCUGGCUGAGGCGCAGGCCAGCCCAGACCUCUGGAGCCCCCCCAGCCCGGAGCCUGGUGAGCCCACAUCCUCGCUGCUGGCUUCCGACCCACCCUGCACCCAUAGCACCAGCUCCCUCGUCUUCAGCUGCAUCUCCCACGCCCUGCAGUGGAUCAGCCAAGGCCGGGACCCUGUCUUUCAGCCACCCAGUCCCCCACAGGGCCUCCUUGCCCACCCUGUGGCAGGCAGUGGGGCCGGUGUGCUCCGCGAGGCUGCCGCCAUCCAUGUACUGGUCACGGGCAGCUUGCACCUGGUGGGCGGCGUCCUGAAGCUGCUGGAGCCUGCCCUGUCCCAGUAG